GCUGUUUUGUCGUCAGUCGCCGUCAACCGCAUUGCAUUGCAAUAUCCUAAAUCUGAUUGGAUUUUUUUCCUGAUUGUAAAGCUGUCAUAUAAAUCAAACGAAUUUCGUGCAAUAUGUCGACUUUCGAACAAGCUGCGGAGGACGUAAAGAACCUGAAGGUCACGCCGUCCGAUGUGGACCUGCUGGAAGUCUACGGUCUGUACAAGCAAGCUACCGUCGGCGAUUGCAACACCGACAAGCCAGGUCUGCUCGACUUCAAGGGCAAGGCCAAGUGGGAGGCCUGGAACGGGCACAAGGGAACAUCCCAGGACGAUGCGAAGAAGGCCUACAUCGAGAAGGUCGCCAAGCUGGUCGAGCAGCACGGACUGAAGUAAUUAGCGUUGGUACAAAAUGAACUUGCAGACGCACAUUGGCUUAAUGCUGAAUAUGCCUUUACUCUUCCGAAUCUUACGUUUAGGGCAUGACAGGAAAAUUUUCGCUUGUCGAGGGUAGGUGGUAGUAUUUUGACUCAUUAUUUGUUAGUUUUUUUAAAAUUAAAUUGUGAAUCUUCCAAAAUCUACUCAAGGACAUGGAAUCAAAACCACUCAAAGUUUAUUGUAUUUGAAAUACAUUUAGGUAUAUUUUUCGUUGGAUGUCUUGAAUUGAUAAUAUAUAAUUAUAGUUAUUACUAUGAUAACACGUAGGAAUAAGUUGGAUAACAAUAAAUUAAACUGCAGCCUUACUAGCUAAGCAGGUUUGUUUUUCGAUCUGGAAA